UCUGGUUCUCUUCCCUACUUUUGGAUGAGAAAAUCUGGAAAUUGUAUUUCCCAGCAACACUUGACUCAAAAAUCUGGAAUUGUACUUCCCAGCUACACUCGACUCAAUAAUGAAAAGCAGUGGGUCUCAAAUGCCCUCGCAUUCCGGCGGUUUAUCCAAGGAGCAGGAGCACGCUAUCAUUGUCUCCGCCCUGUUACGGGUAGUCCGCGGUGGCACCACCCAGCCACCGCCGCCGCAGCUCCAUUAUGCCUCAUCAUCACUUCCUCCAACGGGGGGCACCGGCACCGAUCAAGUCGUGAUACCAUUUUCGGAUUGUGACAUGUGUCAGGCAUGUAAUAUGAAGAUGGACGAUUGCCUCGGCUGUGGUUUGUUCCCGCCAAGCGAACAAGACAAAGGGAAAGGGAAAAACAUGAAGACGAGCAAGUACAGGGGAGUGCGGCAGAGAUCGGGGGGAAAAUGGGUGGCGGAGAUUCGUGACCCGCGUCGCACGGUUCGAGUUUGGCUCGGGACGUUCCAGACGGAGGAGGAGGCAGCCAGGGCUUAUGACACGGCGGCGAUCGAGUUCCGAGGAGAGAGAGCCAAGCUCAACUUCCCACUAAGCAGUGAAGCUGGUACUACUAGUGCAGCAUUGACUACGCAAAGCACGGAGACUGGUGAGGUCAAUCAAGUCGACGCGACUUCUGUGAAGUCAGCGAAUCACGAAGAGGGACAGAGUAGUGAUGUUAAGGACGAAGACAUCCAUCGAUUCAUCUGGGAAAUGCUUAAAGAUGAUCAUGAAGAUUUAUAUUUAAGCAUAUGGGCAGUGGCGGAACAUAAAUGUUAUUUUUGGAGGGGAUGAAAAAUAAUAUAAGGGAGUUUCUAUUCAUACCUCUAAAAUUGAUAUUUAAACAUUUCUACUUAAUAGACCUCCAACUUACUUUUACAAAUAACCAAUACGUUAUCUACAUCUCUCUAAUU